AUGGUGUUGCCGAAGAAUGUUCAUGGGAAAGAGGCGAAAGGUAAUUAUAAGCGCAUAAUGAACCUCCGACAGCAGUUUCAAGAACCCUUUUCCUCCCAGGCCCGCAUAAGCACAACAAAUAGACAUCAUCAUCGUAAUAAUCAGUGGCCAUCGAAGAGAAUGGAUGAAGGGGAGGAUGUGUACAUGAAGCAGAUCGAGGAGCUCGAAGAGUUGUUCUCUAAGCUAAAUCCGAUGGCUCAGGAGUUUGUGCCCCCAUCACGUGCUGUUUCAGAUGUGCCCAUGGACGUUAAUGGCGGAUGUGCCUCGGCUGCUGAUGCUAUGGACGAUAACGGGCUUGGAAACAGCAAUGGGAGCAGGGGCCCGAGAGGGGUCAAGAAGUGGACGAACAGCAGGACAAGCAUGGCUCAACGUGAAGAAAAAAUUCGAAGGACUGUUUAUGUCUCUGACAUCGAUCAGAAGGUCACUGAAGAGCAGCUAGCUACGCUAUUUUCGCAUUGUGGGCAGGUUGUGGACUGCCGUGUAUGUGGAGACCCGAGAUCUGUCCUUCGUUUUGCUUUUGUAGAGUUCACUGAUCAGGAGUCUGCUCGUGUUGCAUUAAGUCUGUUUGGUACAGUUCUUGGAUAUUAUCCGGUCAAGGUCUCACCUUCCAAGACGGCAAUCGCACCUGUCAAUCCUACGUUUUUGCCUCAGACAUCGGUUGAACGAGAGAUGUGCUCAAGAACAGUCUAUGUUACUAAUAUCGACAAAAAGGUUUCUCAAACAAAAGUGAAGCUCUAUUUCGAAAGUCUCUGUGGGGAGGUAGUGUAUCGCUUGAGGCUGCUAGGAGAUAAUCACCACUGUUCACGGAUCGCGUUCGUGGAAUUUGUGGCGGCAGAAAGUGCAAUUGCUGCUCUCAACUGUACUGGAGUGAUGUUGGGGUCCCUGCCGAUAAGGGUAAGCCCGUCAAAGACUCCUGUCCGUGCUAAAGCUCAUCGUCCUAAAACUCACUAA